AUGUCCGCCUCCAUUGGCACGGAUGAUGCCUCGGCGGAAUCAGUCGGGCUCCCCGGAUUGGCUUUGGAUCCUUGCAAGGCGGAGAACCUUGCCUGGAAGGAGCGCCGUCAGAGGCAGCACGAGCAUGAGGCUGCGGAGAAGAUAGCGGCGGCGAAGGCAGCUGCAGACGCGAUGUUGGUGGCGGCGAAGCUUGUUUCAGGGGUAUGUUAUCUACCACAUCCGGAUAAGGAAGAAACUGGUGGUGAGGAUGCACAUUUUAUUUGGGAUGAACAGGCUAUAGGCAUAGCUGAUGGCGUUGGUGGUUGGGCAAGCUACGGUAUUGAUGCAGGUCAAUAUGCUAGAGAUAUUAUGUCUAAUGCAGUAACCGCAAUAGAAGAAGAGCCAAAAGAUUCAAUUGAUCUUACAAGGGUACUAGAGAAGGCCCAUAGUAGCACAACAGUGCCGGGUUCAUCGACCGCAUGUAUCAUUGCUUUAACAAAUCAGGGAAUACAAGCAAUUAAUCUUGGUGACAGUGGCUUUAUAGUCAUCCGAGAUGGCUGCACAUUGUGUAGGUCACCUGUACAACAACAUGAUUUCAAUUUCUCCUACCAACUUCAGAGUGGCAACUCGAGUGACUUGCCUAAUGCUGCACAGGUCUUCAAGGUACCCGUCGCGUCUGGUGAUGUAAUUGUCGCUGGAACAGAUGGGUUGUUCGAUAACUUGUACAACAACGAUAUAACAGCUGUAGUGGUCCACGCAACCAGAGCUGGCCUGGAUCCUCAAGUAACAGCCCAGAAGAUAGCGGCACUCGCACGCCAGCGGGCACAGGACAAGAACAGGCCGACGCCGUUUUCGACCGCGGCCCAAGACGCUGGGUACCGGUACUACGGCGGGAAGCUGGACGACAUCACCGUCGUGGUCUCGUACGUAACUGCCUUUGGCAACUCGUAGCAGUGGGUUAGAAGAAGACUGCUGAAUAUCUAGACCGAGGCGUGUGCCUCCCCUUUUUGUCCUGUAAAUACCCACUACAGCCUUAUGAGGCUCUGCUUUUUUUUUCUACCAGACUUGUAAAGAAGCUGGAUGAUUUGUAAGUAUCUCCUCUGGAUGAGUACAGUAGCUGUAGAGAACCGUGGACAGUUUUUAAUUAUGUACUGAAAGAAGCACAGAACGGAUUCAAACACGGCAAAUUCAAAGCAUUUUGCUUUGGUCA